AUGUCUCUCGGCAGGAAAGCGACUCUCAAUACUGGCUAUCAGAUUCCUCUGCUUGGCUAUGGCACAUGGCAGGCCGCUCCUGGUGAAGUCGGCACUGGAGUCUUCGAGGCACUCAAAGCUGGAUACCGACAUCUUGACCUUGCCCAUAUCUAUCGAAACCAGAGAGAGGUUGGCGAAGGUUUGAAGAAAGCCUUCAAGGAAAUACCCGGACUGAAGCGGGAAGACAUCUUCAUCACCUCCAAGCUAUGGAACACCCAUCACAAGCCGGAGCACGUUGAGAGGUCGCUUGAUAUUAGCUUGGAUGAGCUUGGGCUCGACUAUCUCGAUCUCUUCCUCAUUCACUGGCCCGUUGCAUUCGAGUACCGAUCUGACAAAGAACUCUUCCCUCUCGAUUCGACAAGCACCAACCCAAAGAAGGACAUUAAAAUCGACGAUUACGUCUCACUUGCUGAUACCUGGAAAGCCAUGACCAACCUCCCUAAGAGCAAAGUCAGAAGCGUAGGAGUGUCCAACCACACAGUUUCACAUAUCGAAGCUCUUAUCAAGGCAACGGGCGUCGUGCCUGCUGUCAACCAGGUUGAACGUCACCCUCUACUCCAGAGCACGGAGCUGGUGAAUUAUUGUAAAGAGAAGGGCAUUCUCAUCACUGCCUACUCAGCAUUCGGAAAUAAUAUGAUCGGAGAACCACUUCUUCUUACUCGCCCAGAAAUUCAAACAAUUGCUGACCGACUCUCUGCCACGCCCGCUCAAGUCCUGCUCGCUUGGUCUCAAGUCGGUGGCCACAGCGUCAUCCCCAAAUCGGUCACACCUGCACGAAUCGUCGAGAACUUCAUGGAGAUUGAGCUGUCAGAAGAGGAUAUUGCUAGCAUCAACGCCCUGGGCAAAGUGCCACGGCGUUACAAUACGCCCUACGCAUGCUACUCCCCUCGAUGGGAUAUCAAUAUCUUUGGAGAAGAAUCGGAGAAGGGGGCGACGCAUGAGGUCGUCUUGCGAAGUAAACUCUAG